AUGGGGGAUCUGGACUUCGACACUGUCCUAAAUAUGAUGGAAAAGACGGACAAGGAUGGCGAGAAAGCAUCAGCAGAGGCGUCGCCAGUGAGUAAUGGAGCGCUGAGGUCCAAAGCAGGUGAAGGGGGCCCCAGGCGCUCGUCGGGUUCAGAGGGGAGUCCAGAGAGAGAGAAUCGACGCGGAGGUCGUGAGAGGAGCCAAGAAGAUCCUCGAAAAGGAGGUGAGGGCAGUCCCUCUUCUCGUAGAGGAGGAGGCCCUCGAACAGAAGAGAGCCCUGAAGGAAGAAAGGGGAGAGGUGACAGCUCCAGCGCUCGUCGUGCGUCUCGCGGAGGAGACAGCACGGAGGGUCGGCGAGGCGGGGGCCCGCGGGGCGAGAGUUCAGAGGGCCGCCGAGGCCCCCGUGGCCAAAGUCCAGAUGGUAGAAGGGGCUGGGGGGGUCGAGGCGGCAGCCCUGAGGUCUAUAGAGAGGGACGACGUUCCCCGUCUCCUCGUCGCAAUGGGGGCUGGCGCGACGGCCCCUGGUCUCGAGGCCCUCGAGGACGCGAGUUCCGUUCUCGAGGACCUGGGGGCCCCUUUCGGCGUUUCGGAGAUGACUAUGGGAGGCACCGAGGGGGGGAGUUCCGACGCAGAGAAAGAGACAGAGACAGGGAAUGGUGGCCGCCUGCGGGGCGGCGUAGUCGCAGCCGCGAUCGACCGCGAAGGGAUGCGGGCCGGUCUCCGUCACCAGGAAGAAGAGGAGGGAACGGUCAGGUGGGGGGAAGUGGUGGGGGCCCUUCUGCUUCAGGAGCUAGUGGCGAAAACCCGUCUACAGGGAGCACAGCAACGCGUCUUGGGCCCCGCGAGGAGCUGCUUCGCCGCCAGCGGGAAGAGGAGCUGCGUCGAAAAGAGGUGGAGGAGGCUCGGCGAGACGACUUGACAGUGCUGGUGUUGAACCUGUCGUUGAAAGCAGACGAAAGGCACAUUUACGAGUUCUUCUCUGCAAACGCGGGGAAGAUCCGCGACAUCCAGCAGAUUCGAGACCAACGGUCGGGGGUGUCUAAGGGCGUCGCCUACGUCGAGUUUUACACCCAAGAGGCGGUCAUCAAGGCAAUGGCCCUCAACGGGAUAUCUUUUAAGGGACAACCUCUCCGUGUGCAGGCCUCCAUGGCAGAGAAGAAUAGAGCUGCCAGAGCAGCCAAGUGCCCCAUUACCCCCGCCCCAGACGCGGCCUCGCUGCAGAUACCGAUGAGGGUGUACGUCGGGGGCUUGGUUGGCAACCUGGCGACUUUAACCAAGGAUGACCUCCACUCUCUAUUCUCUCCUUUUGGAGCCAUUCAGGAGAUCAUCCUCCCCAUAGACCCGAACACGGGGGAGGGAGUUGGCUUCGCCUUCGUGAUGUUCUCCGCCACAGGCGACGCCCAUGACGCGAUGCAGCAAAUGCACAAAUUCAAAAUAGACGGACAGGAACUCAGGGUAGGUUACGCAGCGGAUGGAGUGCGCCUUUCGGGAUCUCUUCCAGAGGGCUCGCCUACAACACCUCCGGGUGGCGUAGCGGCUCCCCAAGGGGCUCCGGGGUUGCUGGGAGGGCCGGGCAUCCCUGCUCACGUGGUUGCCGCUACCCAAGUCUCCUACGAGGCCCAGCUGGCGAAGCAGCUAGCGGAGAAGGCGGCUAGCCUCAUGCGGCAGCAGCAACCGCAGCAAGCACAGGAAGGACAGGCACAGGCACAGGAUGCUGAUGAUGAGGGAGGUCUCGAUGAUGAUGAUAUCGGAUACAUUCACGACCCUUCUCGUAAACAAGCACUUAUGCAAAAACUCAUGGACCGCUCGAACGCUGCUCUUGCGUCGAGCGCCGGGGCCCGUCCUUCUGCUUCACCGACCAGCGAGGCUCAGCAGCAGCAGCAGCCGCCGCAGGCGUCCCCGUCAACAGACAAACAGCAGUUUCUUCGUAGCUCGAGCGGUCCUCGCGUGGGCGUAGGGGGUCUGGCGCCAGGGGUGAUGACGUCAAACUUGGUUUUGCGGGGGAUGUUCAAUCCUAGUGCGGCAGACGACGAGUAUUACUUUGAAGACAUCCGGGACGACGUGAAGGAGGAGUGCGGAAAGCAUGGCUCUGUUGUUCAGGUUUCGCUGAGCGAGAAGGAUGAGGAAGGAAGGGUUUUUGUAAAGUUCACGGCUCCUUCCGUGGCUCUAGCAGCUCAACACGCACUCAACGGACGGUUCUUCGGAGGGCGGCAGAUCCAUGCUGAGUUCGCCACCGACGCGAUGAUCAACGCGGUGUGCGGCAGCACCACCACAAACACGACCAGCAGUAGUUCAUGA